AUGUUCCGGCAAAUUUCCGAGGAGCUAAUCGAUGACUUCUGCCGGUGUGGGAAGCCUACUGUGCGAAAGACGUCAUGGGCCGAUGGUAAUGCGGGGCGUAGGUACUCGGCCUGUGAGAAAUACCGGAUGUUGGGUGGGUGUACAUACCAUGUUUGGGUUUACCCUCGAAUGUGUUAUAGAGCACAACAACUCAUUCCUGGGCUUCUGAAACGGGCCAAAAAAUUGGAAGAAGAAAUUGCAAGAAGGAAAAAAUGGGAAAGGCUCAUGUUGUUGGCAAUUGUUGGUUUGAUUGUUCUAUGCUUCUUGAAGGUUCCUUCACUUCUUCUUUCAGUUCCUUCACUUCUAACAAUUGAUGGGUAUGGCCUGUGUACAAUCCCUCCUCCACUUAUCAUGAAUCCUCCACCAAACAUUCUUGAAAAGCUUCUAGCAUCUGUGAGUGACCUCCCAGGUGGUCUCCAUAUGGGUUUGUCAACCUCAGGAGCAGAAUUGGAUGUUUGA